AUGAUGGUGCGCAUGACUUUGAUGGCCACUGUGGCCUUGAUGCUCCUGGCGGGUUCGGGGGUGCUGGGUUGCGGCAAGUGGGUGGCCAGCACGCCCGCUCAACCCGUGCCCUCGAAGGCAUACGCCGUGCACUGGGCCAACUACCAAAACUACAGCUCGCCCAUGUUUUACUGCUCUUGCCCCGGUGGCGCUGGUACUCUCAACAACAUUGACAACGGCGAAGGCCCUGGAUACAAGUGCUGGUUCCCCAACAACUCGACCGGACAGGCCGAUUGGUGCGCCACGGGUACCUACAAGGUCUUGACCACGGAUUUCCCUUACUACAGCUCUGACAUCAAGCCCAAGAACAGCUCGGCCACCAUGCCCGUCGGCUCAACUGCCCUCCCAGCCCCGACCGCCACCGCCUAUCCAGGCUACUCCUGCGUCAUGUCCAUCAACAACCCUACCUUUGGCUUUUCGGGCCAGGCCAUCCCCGGUGGUCUCAACUACGAGCCAAACUCGGCCCAAUACAUCUGCCAGGUGGCAACACCAAUUCCCACCAUGAUCCAGAGCACCACCGUGUUCUCGGCCAGCACUGGCCAGUAUGCCAUCAUUUCCGGCGACGCCUGCAACCUGUAA